AUGGGGACCACUUCAGUACCCACUUUCCUAUCGGAGGAAGGGGUGCCAUUCGGAAGGCAGGCUGGAGCCAGCCCAGCGCUACCCCCAUGCACUCCCUUCGGGAACGCCCCCUCAACCCAAACAACCGCUGAAGCCGAGCUAAUGGUCCAAAUCGCGUCCCUGCGGAAGGACAUGGCCAGGCUUCAGGAACACAACAACCUUCUGUCGUCCAAAGUGGACAAAACCCAGCAGCUGCUGCACCAGCAGCCCACGCAGAACAUCCAGAUAACUCACUCUUCCGAGAGUUUGGGAACCCGUCAUAGGAGGAGGUACGGAAAGGCAGCAAGGGCAACGCCCGCGCCUUCCAAACAGUUGGUGGUGCCGACACCACGGGAUCAACCACAUGUCCCUAAGAAGGUCUACACCGAUUGCCGACACCGGCUUAAUGAUCGGGAGGCAGAGAAACAGAGGUCUCCGAUCAGGAUUAGCGCUCGGCUAAGGGAAUCCCGAAUGAACGCCUUAGAAGACAAGUCGCCCAUUCGGAAAGUCAGAGGACUGGACCCCGCAGAAGAGUCGGCGUCUGAGUACAUCCCCUCCAAUACGCAAACUUCCACCUACCGUUCGGCACCAACUCAAUACUCGGAGGAUCACUCUGUGAGCCCGCGACGACGCUCGGAAGACUAUGGUUCCGAGGAAAUUCCAAGCCGAUAUCCUGUUGUCCGACUCCUUUUUCAGAAAGUCCGGAAGAUGGAAAACGACAAGGCUCACUCCCAGGAACCGGAAUGGGGAAAGCUUCGGCCCGGGCCGUUCACGAGACGCAUCCGACGCUCUCGACAAGAUCGGGAAGUGCAGCCCUUGCGCAUACCAUUCUACACUGGUACCGAAGAUCCCUUGACCCAUCUUCAUUCAUUUCAGUCUGCCAUCGGAUGCAAGGGUCUGAGCGACGAGGGGCAGUGUCUGCUAUUCCCAUCAUCACUUACCGAAGCAGCCCUGAAUUGGUUCUACCGUUUGGAGCCGGAAACGGUAGAUUCUUUUGACGAGCUAAAGCAAAUAUUCCUUAGUCACUUCAUGAUCCAAACGGACCGUCUUUACUCUGCCGACGAUCUGUACACGAUUCGACAGAGAGAAGAUGAGCCAUUGAGAGAGUAUGCGGCGCGUUUCAGUCACGAGUACUCGAGCAGCAACUGGCGCACGUAUGAUGAGCUGAUGAAGCAAGCAGCGGUACACGCCAAGGCCGAAUACUUCAACUCAAAACCCAGCGCUUCAGCACGCCGAGAGGAUGCAGAGCCAAACGCUUAUUCGGCGAAGGCGCCAUCCUACGAAAAGGCCGACUCAUAUUCGGCGGGCCAUAAGCGGAAAGACAACCGUGCCGAUCGAAGAGAUCAGCCAAAGAAAGGGAAAGGGCGGUAUGGUCGCAACGACAACCGAGGACCCCUGCCCAACCGUGACCACGGCAACGAGCACAACAGCCACAACACGGAAGAUUGUAUAAGUCUGAGAAAGAUUGUGGAGCGGCUGAUCCGAGAGGGGAAACUGGACCAGUAUAUCGCCCGGCAGCCACCGGCGCCGGUGCCGAACCCCACUCGGCAGAUAAACAUGAUAAGCACUAUCAGCGGUGGACCUACCGUUGCGGGGAUGAGCCACCGUUCGAUGAAACAGUAUGUGCGUGCCGCGCAGUUUCCUCAGGUGCUCGGAAUAGAGGUGAAUCGGUUCCAGGAAAUACCAAAAGUUCAUUGGGAGCCGAUCACAUUUUGCCAAGAAGAAGAAGAGGGAAUCCUCUAUCCCCACGACGACCCGAUGAUCAUCCGAGCUGAAAUUGCCGAUUACGAUGUAGGGCGAGUGCUGAUCGAUACCGGGAGCUCCGUGAGCGUAUUCUUUGCUGAAGCUUUUAGAGAGAUGGGAAUAAAUGACAACCAAGUCGACCGGUAG